UCACAACAAAGCAGACCAACAACAACAAACAGCACUGACACUGCCACUGAACGCACAACAAGAAGGUACCAACCAACCACUGGGAUGCGCUUCGUGCAGUUUGUGGAGCAAGGCCAGGCGGACGCCAAGCCGCGUUUUGGCGUGCAGGUCAGCGAUGGCGGUGACAUCGUCGACGUCACGGCCACCGACAAGACCAUCCCAGCAACCACCCUCGACGUGUUGCGUGGAGGAGACGCCGUCAUUGAACGCGUUCGGGCUGCCGUUGAGAGCAAGGCGAACGUGAUCAAGGCUGCAGAUGCAGUCAUCAAGGCGCCCAUCUACGAUUGCGAGAAGGUCAUCUGCAUCGGCAUGAACUACGUCGACCACUGCACCGAGCAGAACCUGCCUGUGCCCAAGGAGCCGCUUGUUUUCUCCAAAUUUGCCUCCAGCAUCGCAGACCCUGGUGCAGACAUCAUCAAGGCGCCAGUCGUCGAGAAACUCGACUUUGAGGUUGAGUUGGCAGUUGUGAUUGGCAAAGAAGCACACCGCGUCAAGGCAGCGGAAGCUAUGGAGUAUGUGGCUGGAUACACGGUCGCGCACGACGUCAGCGCCCGCGAUUGGCAGCUGGAGAAGAACGGGGGCCAGUGGCUCAUCGGCAAGACGUUUGACACAUUUGCACCCAUUGGUCCCGCCAUCGUCACCCGCGACGACCUUGCCGAUCCCCACAACCUUGGGAUCCGGUGCCGCGUCAACGGCGAGACGAUGCAGGACAGCAACACCAACCAGCUCGUCUUCAAGACAGAGACCAUUAUCGAGUGGAUCACCCAGUUUGUGACGCUGAAGCCUGGUGACAUCAUCCUCACUGGCACACCGCCAGGCGUCGGCUGCUUCCGCAAGCCGCCAGUCUGGCUUAAGGAUGGCGACGUCGUGGAGGUUGAGAUUGACUCCAUUGGCUGCAUCUCAAACACCGUCCGUGAGAAGUAAACACACCUUCGCCGCUGAACGCACCCGGCUUGGUGUGUGUGUGUGUAUGUGUGUGUGUGUGUGUGUUUGUUUGUUUGUGUGUGUGUUUGUGUGUGUUUGUUUGGGUGCAUUUCUCUCCCCCUCCCACCUUUUCCGUGCCUGUGCGCGUUGUUUCUUCUCCGUUCAGGAUUCGUGGGUGUUAUUCAUGUUUCUUGCCAGAGCAAUACACGCUGACAAUCAACACGA